GCAGUCAACGCUCUGCUCUCAGCACCUCAGCAGGUCUAGCUCUUAUCACUGUGCUUCCCCGAUCGCCAGUCGGAUUUUCCACGCCUUCUGUUUGACUAUAUCUGUUUCCAUAAGCAGCCCAAGAUGGAUCACAAUCAUGACCACGGCUCGGACGACAGCACCAGCACGGCCAAGUCCUGCCCAAUGAUCAUGGUGUUCCACGCCGGACACUGCGAGCGGAUCUUGUGGCGCGGAUGGGUGGCGUCCACUGUGACGGAGUUCGUUCUCUCCGCCCUGGCCAUCUUCCUGGUGUCCUUCCUGUACGAGGCCCUCAAGUUUCUGCGACAGCAACUGGCUCGCCGGGAAGCCCGCAAGGAGAGCGAGCAACUGGCGUCGGAGCAACGCAGGAAGAACGAGGUGCCGGCAGCCGGAGGAUGCUGCUCGGAAACUCCGCUGGCAGAGCCGAAGGAGCAGACCUACUGGCAGCGCCUGUUUGCCUCGUCGCAUAUGGUCCAGUCUCUGCUGAACCUGCUGCAGAUCGUCAUCUCCUACCUGCUGAUGCUGAUCUUCAUGACCUUCAACUACUGGCUCUGCCUGGCUGUGAUUCUGGGAUUGGGUCUGGGUUACUUCUUCUUCGGCUGGAACAAGAAGAAUCCCGACGAAAGCGAGUGCUGUCCUUAGAUCCGGGAUACCGCUCUAAUUGGUUUUUAUAGCGUGCAAUUGUUAUUAAUUGAGCCCUUAUCAGUUCUUGGUUCACACAUCAAACAGUCCCGUCCCCAAGUAAUUAUAUAAAUUGUUUUAAAACUACAAUUUUAUUCGAUAGUUACACUUGGUUUAAUUGUAAUUGAUGUAAUCGUAGCAUAAAUUAGUCAACUAGUUUACUUAAUGAGCAUAUUGUACAAAUAGUAGUCAUGAGAACAAGAACCUAUACAACGCGUAUGCAUCUAAAUCGAUUGAAGUACCACUCAAUACUUUUGAUUUUACAAUAAAUUUGUAUAAGCAAUACACUUUAUUUUCGACCACCCCAAACUCAAAACACAAACAAUCCAAUAUGAAACCAAAAAAAAAACGCCAAGUUAAAUCUCCAGGAUUACAUGAAAUUCGUAAUGAAAUGCGAACAGUACCAGGUCUGAGUCCUGACAGCCCACAACUCACAUUUGAGGGCGUAACUUCCACGACACUCACUUACCACACAAAAGGUUUCUAAAGUUUCUUUAAGGCAGACCUUUAUAAUAUGGUAUUCGAGACUUUUUAGCAAAUAUUUUGGCUGUGAUUUUUAAAUAUAAAUAGGAAGUGUAAGUAAGCAAGUCCCAUGAUACACAUUGUUUUACACCACUUUAUCUAUUUGGAUUCGCCCAACCACACACUAAUAUUUGCGAGCUUCUUUCCAGGGAAAUGAUACAAAUAAGCAAAUAGGGAUUCCAUACCCUUUUAGUGCAUUUGUUUUAAAUUUGAGUGGUAAGUGAGCGCCAUGAUGAGACCAUCCCUUAAGUAGCGCUUAGACUAGAGUAACCUAGACUGAACAACCGCGAUCAAAAGUAGCUAAACCCGCAAC